AUGUCCGCCAAAUACCUCUUUGUCUCUGUUCCCGCCAGUAUAACCCCUUCGGGCCACAAGGACGACGCCAUCGCCUCUGUCGAGAAAGCGGCAAACCCUUCGAACGGCGACGUCCUCCCCUUCUCCAUCCCAGAGUUCAAGAUUGGCACCCUUGAUGCGCUGUUACAACAGUCCGACGAGUUGGCCAAGCUGGCGGCUCUGUGUCAUGGAGUGGUGGGAAAAGUCGGGGACACUUUGAAGAAUAUAUUGGACGGCGACGAGGAGAAGAUUGCGAUGCAUAAGAACGUCAAUGAUAAACCACUCGAACAAUACCUGCGAAGCUUCUCCUGGAACAAAGUCAAAUACCGCGCCGACAGGCCGCUCUCGGAGCUGAUUGAUCUUCUACAGAAGGAAGCCAAUUCGAUAGACAACGACGUCCGAUCCAAAUACAAUCAAUACAACUCCCUCCGCACCUCCCUCCAAUCCCUGAUCCGGAAACGAACAGGUAAUCUCUCGACAAAGUCCCUUGCCCCUCUCAUUACCGACCCCAAAAUCCUGGUCCAAAAUCAACACUCCGAACACCUGGAAACUCACCUGAUCGCCGUGCCCAAUUCCAACGUCAAGGAAUUCAUGAGGACGUAUGAAACGCUUGCACCGAUGGUUGUUCCACGCUCGGCAACCUUUGUCGCGCAGGAUCAGGAAUACAGUUUGUACGCGGUGACGAUGUUCAGGAAGCAUGCCCAAGAGUUUGUGCACAAGGCAAGAGAGAGAAAGUGGGUACCUCGGGACUACAAGUACAAGGAAGGUGGGAAGGAAGAGGAGGAAAGGGAGCUGAAGAGGGUGGAAGCCGAGGAGAAAAGAGUCUGGGGAGAGACAUUGAGGUUGGGCAGGACGGGCUGGAGUGAGGCGGUCAUGUGUCUUGUGCAUGUGGUUGUGCUGAGGGUAUUUGUCGAAACCGUCCUGAGGUACGGGUUGCCGCUGGAUUAUGUGGCCGUUCUGAUCAAGACGGACUCGAAACGCGAAAAGAGGGUCCGGCAAGGGUUGGACAGCGAAUACUCGUACCUCGCGGGCAAUGCCUUUGGGAGGGACAAGAAGGGCAGGCUGCUGAAGGAUGAAGGGACGACCCAGCAGGACAUGGUUGCCGGCGGAGAACAGGGAGAGUAUUCCGCCUAUGUGUGUUAUGAUAUCGACGUUGAGUGA